AUGUCGUUAGCAAAACGCGUGCUAAAAAUGCUAACGUACAAGGAAAAAACGGCAGCGAUACGGGAAGUUGAAAAUAGAUUGAAAACAAAAUCUUUGAUAGCUAAAGAAUUUGGUAUUCCACUUAACACUUUGUCAACUUGUCUUAAAAAUAAAGAAACAAUUUUAAAAAGGUCUAGAGAACCGGAAAAUCCUGAAGUUGAUGAAUGCAUUUACAAAUGGUUUUAA